AUGGCCGAAAUACCCAAGGCUAGAAAUCUGACCGCGCCUACGCCGCAGAACACGCCUGCAUCUAAUGCGCCCAUUUCCUCACACGCCACUGCUCCUAACGUGAGCUCUAUUGCUGAAGAGGAUCUCGAUCGUGUUGCCGCCGCCUCGAUAUUUGCAAAGAACCCCGCGCUUGUCUCCAUGAUGCAGCAAAAGCUCGGUUCCCUCGUCGGCCGAUCUUCAGGAUACAUCGAAUCCUUGCCGGCUCCCGUCCGCCGCCGGGUUACGGGACUGAAGGGCAUCCAGAAGGACCACGCCAAGUUGGAGUCAGAAUUCCAAGAAGAAGUCCUCCAGCUGGAGAAGAAAUACUUUGCCAAAUUCACUCCACUUUACGAAAAGCGUGCUGCCAUUGUCAAUGGCGAGGUAGAACCUACCGAUGAAGAGGUUGAGGCUGGCAAAGCCGACGAGGAGGAAGAAGAGCCCGAAGAAGAUGCAGACAAGGAGGAGAAAGCCGCAGAGGACAUGAAGGGUAUCCCGGAAUUCUGGCUCUCUGCCAUGAAGAACCAGAUCUCGCUGGCCGAACUCAUUACGGACCGAGACGAAGAAGCCCUCCGGUCCUUGACCAACAUCCGCAUGGAAUACCUCGAUCGCCCAGGUUUCCGCUUGAUCUUCGAGUUCGCCCCCAACGAUUUCUUCACCAACAAGACCAUUUCAAAAACAUACUACUACCGAGAGGAGAGCGGCUACGGAGGCGACUUCAUCUAUGACCACGCCGAGGGCGACAACAUCGACUGGAAAGCGGGCAAGGAUCUUACUGUCCGUGUGGAGAGCAAGAAGCAGAGAAAUAAGAACACCAAGCAGACCCGGGUCAUCAAGAAGACUGUACCCACCGAGUCUUUCUUCAACUUUUUCUCGCCGCCCGCUGCCCCGACGGAAGACGAAGAGGACCUCGCUGAAGACAUCGAAGAACGACUCGAACUUGAUUAUCAACUGGGAGAGGACAUCAAAGAGAAACUCAUUCCUCGUGCCAUUGACUGGUUCACUGGCGAGGCAUUGGCCUAUGAGGAAUUCGAGGAGGAUGCCGAAGACGCCGAGUUCGAGGACGAAGACGACGAGGAUGACGAGGAUGAGGAGGAAGCCGAGUCUGACGAAGACGACGAGGAAGAGGGUGGGAAGCCUCGGUCUCAACAAACCUCAGAGUGUAAGAAUCAGUAA